AUGGGUCGGCUCGACCCGAGUGAUACCACGGCCUCACAGAAAACCAGCGUGAAACAAUUACAGCACUGUGUUUCGCCGUGCUGCGUACCCUGCCCGGCGGCCGCGCCAUGCGCCAUGUCGGCGGGUAUCAAAUCGGGGCUCCGAGACGGGAAGCCUAUCGAUGGGAAACAGGAACAUCCCUGUCCCUGUCGAACCUGCUGCUGCGGGAAACCACCAAUUGUAAAACCAUGCUAUAAACAACCUCGGAUCCCUGAUUCGUAUGCACCGCGACGCUGCUACAUGCAACCGACGGCCCCGGUCGAGUCGUGCACCACGUACAAACUGUCCUAUCUGCCGGUCGACGGGUGCCGCAACUUGCGCGGAGAGGCUCGGAAACCACCCCCUAACCUCGUGCCUAGUUGCGAGCCUAUGGAAGGGAGUACUGUGCAAAAGUUAUCGUAUCUCCCGAAUCCGACCUGUAUAACGCAGCCAAUCCGGCCGUGUCACCACGAUAUGUGGGGACAGGGCCCGAUGCAGAACGUCACCACGCAGCGACACGACUACGUACCGAAGCCCUGUGUCCUUCGAGAGAACUUUAAGCCUGCUCCUAAGUUCCACUGCGUCGAACAACCGUUUGAAAACCGCACUAUAAAUAAGUUGUCGUACCUGCCCCCCGAGAGGAUCGAGCUGACGAAGUCUUUCGCCCCUGAGAGAUGUUACGAGCGCCCAGCCGCCAAGAUGGAGGGUACCACUACUCAGAAGAUGAGCUACAUGCCUAACCAGAUUCUCCCUAAAGAACCAAUACCGUGGGCCUGCAAAGGACAAUAUCAGAAGCCGUGUCAAAAGUUGGACAGUAAUACCACUUACGGAAUGAGUUACUUGGACGCAGCGAGCGACUGCCGGCGACGGGCCAUCAUCCCUGAUAGCUGCACCAAUCCCGUCACCGCGUCCAAGAGAUUUGAAACUCAAACCAUUUAUAAGAACAGUUACCUCCCAGCCAAGUGUCCUAUACCGCAGCCCAUCAAACCGCUUUCGAAUUUGGUACCCUCCACUGCGCAAAUGGAAGGAGAUACGGUACAAAAGCUUUCGUAUCUCCCGAAUCCGACCUGUAUAACGCAGCCGAUCCGUCCGUGUCACCACGACAUGUGGGGACAGGGCCCGAUGCAGAACGUCACCACGCAGCGACACGACUUUGUUCCUAAGCCCUGCGCCAUCAGAGAAUCCUGCAAGCCUGAGCAUAAGUUCCACUGUGUUGAACAACCGUUUGAGAACCGAACUGUGAACCGCAUGUCAUUCUUGGACCCCGGCCGGUGCGCGAUACCCACGUCGUAUGCUCCGAUGAAAUGCUAUGAGAAACCAGCAGCUAAAAUGGAGUCGACGACGACGCAGAAAAUGUCGUACCAGCCGGUCUGCGUGCCACAGCCACAGCGGCCGCCGUGGGCGUGCAAGGGACAGUACCAGAAACCAUGCCAGAGAUUGGAAGGCACAACUAUCUACCGGUCAUCGUUCCUGCCGCCCGGCGAAGACUGCACGGAAUACAUGGACCCCUGCAAGUAUGGUGAUUGCAAACCUUGUGACUGCAUAUGCCCCGCGGAGUGUAUAACAACAGAUCCGUGCGCUUGUAACUUCCCUAAAGCGGCGUGCUGCUAG